AUGGACCAUUUGAAAAAUAAAUCCACCAAGAAAUUUUUAAAUAAAAUUUUUCACCCGGCUGGAAAUAAGAAAAACUCAUCGUCGGUUUCACCCCAUGAGAAUGAUAGUUUUGCAACUUCUUUCGUUGCUUUGGAUCUCUCUAACCAACGUCCUCCUCCUCUCAAUUCUACAAAAAGUUCAAACAAUUCAAACGAGGCUUUUCAUUAUGAAAGGCCUGGCUCAGUUCAGAGACGUUAUUCCUUUUCUAACGUUCAUGAAAAUGGAAGGCAAAAAUUGUUAGCCGCAAAGAGAAAGGAGUAUCAGGAGAAGAUGGAGGCGUUUGAUGACCUUAUCCAGAGAAGACGUGGUGUUACUUUAACUUAUGCUUUGAAUUCGGAUGCCUUAA